AUGGGUAACCCAUCGUCUGAGGCAGUAUAUGCUGAAUUACGCUACUUGGUUGGUGUUCAAAAUGGAUCCCAUCAAAAGGUAAUAAAAGGAAGUGCCUUGGAAGAUUACCUAGCUCAACAACCCAAAAAUGACUAUCAACCUAUGCAUCCAGAAUUCCCUAAUGAGGACAUCAUGACCUUGUUUGAGGAGGAAGUAGAAGAUGACGAUAGAGACAAGUGGAUUAUGUGGUUUGAUGGCGCGUCUAAUGCACUAGGCCAUGGAAUUGGGGCAGUAUUGGUUUCCCCGGACGAACAAUAUAUACCUUUCACGACUAGGUUGGGUUUCGACUGCACAAACAACAUAGCUAAGUAUGAGGCAUGUGCCCUUGGGAUCCGAGCGGCGAUCGACUUCAGGGUCAAGUUGCUUAAGAGUGGAAAUCAGAUGGCCGACACCCUUGCCACUCUAGAAAAAGAGGAGGAUGGUAAGCCUUGGUACUUCAAUAUCAAACGAUACAUCGAAGACAAGGAAUACCCGCCUGAGGCCUUUGACAAUGACAAGAGGACGUUACGAAGGUUGGCGGCCGAUUUCCUUUUGAGUGGAAAUAUCUUGUACAAGAGGAACCAUGACAUGGUAUUAUUUCGGCGUGUGGAUGCAAGAGAGGCCAAACAGAUGCUAAUAGAGGUGCAAGAGGGAUCCUUUGGUAUGCAUGCCAAUGGACAUGCCAUGGCCUGA